AUGGAUCUCCAAGGACAGCCUAUUCCCCCCAGUCCUCGAAGCACCAAGGUCACAAGCGCCCCUGAGGCUACUCGACACCCCAUCUAUGGACGCGCUGGAACUGUCCCAAAGACUCUCUGGCCGCCGAGUCUGCUACCAAGGGUGGUGCUUUCGUUAGUGGUUGGAAUUGACAAGAGAAGUAUCCCGAAACCCUUGGUGGACAGGGAAAUUUCCCCUGGUCUUCAUAUGCCAGAGUCUGGCUACGUUGGUGGCCCUUCUGCUGCCAAACAGGAACUUAGAAUCGGUCGAUCCACAGCCAGCGGUAGUGGAUCUACAAGUCAGUAUAAUGCUGGACAGGUGUCUUUGACCGGACAGCACGGUAGCGGUAAACCCAAGGGCACGGACUUGACGCAAGGUGGAUUCGAUGGGGACAAGCCCAAUGCCAGCUACAACGCCGAUAUUGGAUCCAAGAGCGAUCCUGGUAUGGCCGCUGGCCUGAUGCUGCAGGUGGUCCGAGGGAAAAGGGAGUUGACGACGAACACUGGUAUCAGCCUCUGCAGAAAGACCAGAGAGCGUAAUGAUGUUUUUAUCAAAACUUGA